CCCUCUGCGCCCUGGGCCCCGGGAACAGGGCGGAAGUGAAGCCUCCAGCCCCGCUUCUGCAGCUGCCGUCCCUCCCCGGUCACCCCACACUGCUUUAACCGUGCUGGGUUCCUGCCUGCCCCCCGCAGCGGUUUCAACCUGGGGUCUAGACCCUGGGAGCGGGGUCUCGCGGAUGCGGUGCAGUAAGGAUGUCGUGCGCUUCCGAAAUUAGAAUCAGCAUCGUAAGAGAGGGCACCAUGACUCCCACGAGGACCCAGCACUCAUUGGCAGGGCAGACCUACAUGGUGCCCCUCAUCCAGCCGGACCUGCGGCGAGAGGAGGCCAUCCAGCAGGUGGCAGAUGCCCUGCAGUACCUACAGAAGGUCUCCGGAGACAUCUUUAGCAGGAUCUCCCAGCGAGUAGAGCUCAGCCGGAGCCAGCUGCAGGCCAUUGGGGAGAGGGUCUCUUUGGCCCAGGCCAAGAUUGAGAAGAUCAAGGGCAGCAAGAAGGCCAUCAAGGUGUUCUCCAGUGCCAAGUACCCAGCUCCAGAGCGCCUACAGGAGUAUGGGUCCAUCUUCACAGGGGCCCAAGACCCUGGCCUGCAGAGACGCCCCCGCUACAGGAUCCAGAGCAAGCACCGCCCCCUGGAUGAGCGGGCCCUGCAGGAGAAGCUGAAAUACUUCCCUGUGUGUGUGAACACGAAGCUGGAGCCUGAGGAUGAGGCUGAGGAGGGACUCGGGGGUCUUCCCAGCAACAUCAGCUCCGUCAGCUCCUUACUGCUCUUCAACACCACUGAGAACCUGUACAAAAAAUAUGUCUUCCUGGACCCCCUGGCUGGAGCUGUAACAAAGACCCAUGUGAUGCUGGGGGCAGAGACGGAAGAGAAGCUGUUUGAUGCCCCUUUGUCCAUCAGCAAGAGAGAGCAGCUGGAGCAACAGGUUCCAGAGAACUACUUUUACGUGCCCGACCUGGGCCAAGUGCCUGAGAUCGAUGUCCCAUCCUACCUGCCUGACCUGCCAGGCAUCGCUGAUGACCUCAUGUACAGUGCCGACCUGGGCCCUGGCAUUGCCCCCUCUGCCCCUGGUACCAUUCCAGAGCUGCCCACCUUCCACACAGAGGUUGCCGAGCCUUUCAAGCCAGACCGAGAAGAUGGGGUGCUAAUAGCACCCCCACCGCCACCCCCACCGCCACCGCCUCCUCCAGCCCCAGCAGUGCUGGUCAGCGCACCCCCACCCCCACCCCCACCCCUGAGCACGGCCUCUCCGGGCCAAGGUACGAGGGAGGAUGAGAGCAGAGGUGGUGUCCGUCCCUCAGCUCCAGUCCCGGAAGCUCCCAGGGAAGUGGUUGAGCCCUCCAGUGGCCGGGCCACUCUGCUGGAGUCUAUCCGCCAGGCUGGGGGCAUUGGCAAGGCCAAGCUCCGCAGUGUCAAGGAGCGCAAGCUGGAGAAGAAGAAACAGAAGGAACAGGAACAAGUGAGAGCAACGGGCCAAGGUGGGGACCUGAUGGCAGAUCUCUUUAACAAGCUGGUCAUGAGGCGCAAAGGUAUCUCCGGGAAAGGACCGGCGCCCGGGGCCAGCGAAGGGCCAGGUGGAGCCUUUGCCCGAAUGUCAGACUCCAUCCCGCCUCUGCCUCCCCCACAGCAGCCACCGGGAGAGGAGGACGAGGAUGACUGGGAAUCCUAGGCCUCAGCUGCUGCUUCCUCCCCAGAACUCAGGCUUAGCUAUGGCCCUCACGCGGAAACAGCGGGAUGGGCUCCUCGGCCGGCAGCUCUCAGUCCCUGCUGCCCUUGGAGGGACCGGGAUGUGGAGGACUGUCCCAAGACUGUGCCUGGACCUUCUUCAGGAAGCGGGGAGGCCGGCUUCCGAGGCCACACGCUGGAAGGGGCCGGGGGGAGCCCUUGCUCUCUGCCUGUGCUCUACCCACCCCCUCACCAGCAUGCUCUCUUCUCUAAAGAGACGCUGAGAUAAACAAUCCAUGAAUCAAUAAAGAAGCAUAACGCAAGAA